GUCGUUUGCAUCCUUUGCGAUGACCCAUCAGUACCCUGGUCGCCAUGGUCACCCAUCAUCUUGGUGACCAACCUGUCCCAAACCCCGCCCCUCCGCCCCUGUCCAAUCAGCGGCUGGAAUGCACGUGAUGGGCAGCGUCUCCCCGGCCAAUGAGAGGCAGAGUUUCUCCCAUGAAGAUGAAGGCAUGACUGUUUUCAUACCGACGUCUCAGACGUCUCAGACGUCUCCGCCUUCUCCUCCUCCUCCUCCUCCUCCUCCUCCUCCUCCUCCUCCUCCUCCUCCCUUACCGUCCCUGCUUCCAGGGCUGGGAGACCCCGCAGAAGGCGUCCUGAGGAAGACGAGGGUGAGAAGCUUCUUCUGGAAAACAAUUCCUGAGGAUCAGGUGAGGGGGCGGGACAACCUCUGGACUCAGGACCGAGUGCAGCAGCAUCAGAUCGACAUGCGCAGCAUCGAGAAGCUGUUUGGUGAGAACAACUGUCAAUCACACAACAAGACCACGCCCACCUGGGGAGGGAGGAUCAGGAGUUCAUUCAGAGAAAAAGAGCUCUCUCUCCUGAACUCGAAGCGAGGAAUGAACGUUGGAAUUUUCCUCAAACAAUUCAAGAGGUCCAGUCAGACGAUCAUCGAUGAUAUUCACCAUGGCAACAGUGAACCCUAUGGGGCGGAGCCUCUGAGGGAGCUGCUCAAACUGCUGCCAGAGAGUGAAGAGCUGAGGAAGCUGACUUCGUACCGUGGCGACGCCUCUAAGCUCUCAUUGGCUGAUUCCUUCGUCUACCUGCUGGUUCAGUUGCCCAGUUACUCGGUGCGGAUCGAGUCCAUGCUGUUGAAGGAGGAGUUUCCUGCAGCGUGCGACUCCAUGAAACAAAAUAUUUGCAUCCUUCGUUCUGCCACCAAAGAGUUGUUGACGUGUGACGAGCUUCAUGUCGUUCUUCACCUGGUUCUUCAGGCUGGAAACAUCCUCAACACAGGAGGCUGUGCAGGAAACGCUGUCGGCUUCAAACUGUCGUCUCUCCUGACUCUGGGCGACACCAAGGCCAACACACCAGGCAUGAACCUGCUGCACUUUGUCGCCCUG